AUGGCCAGCACUAGUGAUGACAUCCGAAGAGCCGAAUUACACAAAACUAAAGGCAAUACCUAUUUCAGCAAAAAAGAUUACGAAAACGCUAUAAGAGAGUAUACUGCAGCUCUUACUCAAAAUCCUAGGAAUGCAGUUUAUUAUACAAACCGAGCAUUAUGCUAUUUAAAAUUAAAAAAAUAUGAUAAUGUCAUAGAAGAUUGUAAAGAGGCUAUAAAUCAAGAUGGAAACUCAGUAAAAGGACAUUAUAUGCUAGGCCAAGCUUUAACCGAAAAGGGCGAGUUUAAGUCAUCAAUCUCUAACCUACAGAAAGCAUACGAACUAUCAUUAUUAGAAAAAUCAUCCUUUUCAGCAGAAAUUGUCCAGGCUUUGCUUAAUGCCCGGAAAAAGAAUUGGGAAAUAGAGGAACGAAAACGUAUUCAACAAGAAUCAGAAUUACUGAGAUAUGUCAAAAACUUAAUCAACACUGAACGUGAUAAACAACUUCAGAAAGUUUCACCAAAGAAUACGUUUUCCAAAUGGGUCAAUUCUCAUCCGCCUGACAUUCAAGAGAAAAUUGAUCAAAUUAACAAAGCACACGAUGAAAGACUUUCACAAAUAGAACAAGUUUUUAUCCAGUCAGAUGAAAAUCUACGACCAAGAGAAGUACCGGAAUAUUUUCUUGAUAAAAUAUCAUUUGAAAUUAUGCAUGAUCCUGUUAUUACACCAUCAGGAAUUACUUAUGAACGCGCACAUUUGAAAGAACAUUUCAAAAAGAUUGGACAUUUUGACCCUCUAUCUAGACGGGAAUGUCGCGAAAACGAUUUGUAUCCAAAUUUGGCAUUGAAAGAAGAGAUCGAAGAUUUUCUAAGUAAAAAUGGUUGGGCAGCAGACUAUUAG